UUCUUGUUUUGAAUUUUUAUUUUGUUCAUUAAUUGAUUAGUUUGUCUCUUUGAUUGCUGUUGUAUUGUGUUUGGUUAUUAUCUUCAAAUGGCAGCAAUUUUAAAUUCUAAUGAAAGAUCAUUACGAUCAGUAUUUGUUGGUAAUAUUCCAUAUGAUGCUACCGAAGAGAAACUCAAGGAAUUGUUUUCUCAAGCAGGGCCGGUGUUGAGCUUUAGACUUGUAUAUGACAGAGAAACAGGUAAACCAAAGGGUUAUGGUUUCUGUGAGUAUAAGGAUCAGGAAACUGCUUUAAGCGCGAUGAGAAAUCUUAAUGGUCAUGAAUUAAAUGGACGUACCCUUAGAGUUGACAAUGCUGCAAAUGAAAGAACCAAAGAGGAGAUACGUAACCUUCAAUCAUCCCUUGGUGGUACAUUUGAGAGUCCAUAUGGUCCAGACGUUGAUCCAGAUAAAGCACCGGAGGCGAUUAGCAGAGCAGUUGCAAGUCUCCCACCAGAACAAAUGUUUGAACUUGCUAAACAAAUGAAACAAUGUAUUCAAACUAAUCCAAAUGAAGCAAGAAAUAUGCUACUUCAGAAUCCUCAGCUAUCAUAUGCUUUACUUCAAGCUUUGGUUGUCAUGAAGAUAGUUGAUCCUAAUGUUGCUCUCAGUAUACUUCACCGGAACACUCCGGUUCCAAAUCUAAUGGGGGAAGCAGGAGUUCCUCCUGUUACCGGAUUACCUUCAACAGCUCCACCAGGAACCGGACCAUGGGCACAAGCAGGACCAGUUAUACCACCCGAUCCUUAUGCUAGAGGUGUUAUCCCUCCAUCUCAACCCGUUGCUCAGCCUUCAAAUGUGCCACCACCAGCCUCUGGAAUUGCCUUUGAUCCAAGAUCUCUCGAUCCUCGAGCUCGAGAACCAAUAACAUCAUUAGAUCCAAGAGCACGAUCUCAACCCCAACAAACCUCAUUCGAUCCCAGACUAUCAACCCAAGCCCCGUCUUCUAAUAACGCUCGACCCGGUGGACCUCAAUCAUCAUCUUCUCGACCCAAUGCUCCAGCAUCUUCAUUAAAUAUUCCUAGUUUACCAAAUCAAGAACAAGAAAGAGCUGCCCUAAUCAUGCAAGUACUCCAAUUAUCGGAGCAACAAAUCGCCAUGUUACCCGAUGAACAAAAACAGAGUAUUCUACUUUUAAAGGAACAAAUUUCAAGAGGAGCUCAUUUUGGAAUCAAUGUCGCAAUGCCUCUUGAAUUUUUGUCCCAAAAAUAUGAGAGUCUUGAUUAUGAUCAAUGUGAAAAUUACUAUUUCCUUUUGGAGCAGCGUUUCCAACAAAGAAAUUUGAAUAUUCUUAGAAAUAAGAAUGUUAAAAGAUGGAUUGUUAUUUUAUUCAUCGGUAUAUUGACCGCAUUAACGGCCUGUACAAUUGUCGUUACUGUGGAUAAACUUGCUAAUUACAAGUACCAUUUUCUUAUGACGCAGAUAAAUGAAUGUGAUAAAUCAACUGACUGUUACCAUACACCUUUAUUUUAUUGGAUGGGAAUCAAUGCCGUUUUAGUUUCGAUCGGUGCAAUUAUGGUCACUUAUUGGGCUCCGGUUGCCGCAAGUUCUGGUAUUCCUGUGAUCAAAUGUUAUCUAAAUGGCGUCAAAGUGCCCGAAGUGGUUCGUAUCAAGACCUUCAUUUCCAAAGCCGUUGGCGUUGUUUUAUCGGUUGUCGGUGGAUUGGCCAGUGGCAAGGAAGGGCCGAUGAUCCAUUGUGGCUCAGUAAUCGCGGCUGGAAUAUCGCAAGGGAAAAGCACCACGUUCGGAAAAGAUACUCACCUUUUAGACGAAUUCAAGGAUGACAGAGAAAAAAGAGAUUUCGUAUCUGCAGGAGCUGCUGCUGGUGUGGCUGCCGCUUUUGGUGCUCCUAUUGGUGGAGUUUUGUUCAGUCUUGAAGAAGGAGCAUCGUUCUGGAAUCAGGCCUUAACAUGGAGAAUCUUUUUCUGUUCAAUGAUCACUUCUUUCACUCUCAACAUUGUCUUGUCCAUUUACCAUAACCAUGCAUGGCAAUUGUCUUAUCCUGGUUUAGUCAAUUUCGGUAAAUUUGGUGAAAUCAGUUAUGUCAUUUACGAGAUUCCAAUUUACGCUCUUCUCGGGGCCAUCGGAGGCAUUUUAGGAGCCCUUCACAACAGUAUUAAUCUUCGUCUUUCGAUAUUCCGUUUAAAGUACAUCAAUCGAAGGUGGCUCAAAGUAGUCGAGGCCGUUUUCGUUUCCAUUGUAACCUGUACUGUUGGCUAUUUACUUAUUUACCUGGACAAAGAUUGUCACAAGAUUGUUAAAGAUAUCAAUCUAUUCACAAGCUCUGGUUGUAAGGAGGAUGAAUAUUCAGUAAUGUCACGUCUUUGGUUGGCGACACCCGAAAGCGCUGUUCACUUGCUAUUCCACAGCGAAGAUGAUGUCUGGACCUGGAAAACGCUUCUUAUUUUCUUUAUAUGUUACUUUUUCAUCGCCACAUGGACUUAUGGACUUAGCGUAUCUGCUGGACUAUUUAUACCUUCUCUUUUGAUCGGUGCCACUGGCGGUCGCCUUUUCUACCUCCUGGUUAAAUUUGCUCUUCCCAAUAACAGCGACUGGGCUGAUGGCUGUAAAUUUGCUCUAAUCGGCGCGGCUGCAAUGCUUGGCGGUGUCGUUCGGAUGACCAUCAGUUUAACUGUCAUAAUGAUUGAGACCACUGGUAAUAUAACUUUCGGUCCGCCCAUCAUGAUAACCCUAAUAAUCUCAAAAUGGGUCGGUGAUUAUUUUAUGCCCGAAAGUAUUUACGAUAUUCACAUUCGCCUGUCACAAAUUCCCUUCCUUCACUGGGAGCCUCCUUCUAUGUCUCAUACCGUUUACGCAUCGGAAAUUAUGUCAACACCAGUGGUCACUUUGAAAACUGUCGAAAGUGUCGCUAGAAUUAUUCAAGUUUUAGAAAAUGAAACUCAUAAUGGUUUCCCUGUUGUCGAUAUUGAAUCAAACAAUUUAACAGAAUCAACUUCAUCCCUUGGACCUUCAUAUUCAUCACAAACUCACUUUGGACGUUUCCGUGGGCUCAUUUUACGCUGGCAGUUGAUUGUUCUCUUACAGGAGAAAAUAUUUGAUGAAAAUGAUGAAUAUCAUACAAUCACCGCGAAAACAUUCCGUGACGCUUAUCCUCGAUAUCCACCAAUCGAAAAGAUCGUCAAAUCCAUAACACCAAAAGAGAGACUUUAUCAAAUUGAUCUGCGACCAGUGAUGAACCCAAGUCCAUAUGCAAUCUCAUCUUCAGCUUCUCUUAAUCGUAUAUUUUUAUUAUUUCGAGCACUUGGACUUCGACAUUUAGUUGUCAUAAAUGAUUAUAACGAAGUUGCUGGAAUCGUUACCAGAAAAGACAUCGCUCGAUAUCGGCAACACAUUCACGAAGGAGAACUAUUCCUUCAGACCUUACAGAUCUCUGUUGGAUAACCAGUCAUUUUUUUCAAAAUUUUCGCCAAAAAUCAUCGUAACUAUUACCUGGGAUGAAUCGUUUUCAGUUCAAUCGAACUUCAAUUAUCAUGUAUUAUGUUUGACAAAUUUUAUUGUACAUAUCAGCUAAUUGUUGCUGUGUAAUGUUGUUUUUUACUUUGAUAACCUCGAUUGAAAAUAUUUAUUUUGAAUUAAAAACACUAAUCAUCCAAAGAACCAAA